AUGGCUCCGCCGGAAGUUACCUCUGCUGCUCUGGCUCCGGCCGCCGGUCUCCAGGGGAGGAAACCCGCGGAUGCUCGUCCUGAGCCGAUCACUCCGAAGACAUUGUUCAAUGGCGCGUCGGCCUCCCAAGGAGAGCAGGAGAUUAAAGAGUUGACGGCUAAGGCGUCGGCACUGCGCAUCAACGAUCUGCCUGCAGGCAACAAUGCAAGCGUCAGUGACAAGGCCAAGGCGGGUGCUGCUGUUCCUGCUGCUCAGGAUCACGGUAAGGCCAAGGAGCAGGACGCGGAUGAUGAUGGUGGCUACCUGAGUGACGAUUCCGACGAAUGUCAAGAUCCGGUGACGCUCGACGAGAUCGCUGAGCAGGCUGGAGUUGCCAUCACGCUGCUGGUUCCUUUCGCCUGGAGCAAGGAGAUUCCGCGCAUCAUUAACAAUGUCAAUCACCUGCUGACGGUUUGGGGAAAGCACAUGUCGGAGAACGUGAGAACGACCACGAGGUGUCAGCAACUUACGGCGACUUUUCUCUCCAAGAAGCAUUUCGGACGCAUCGAAGUCGUCUUCCUGCAGGAGGCGGAUGCAGGGUUUAUGAGGAGCAGAGAGAUCGAACACUACACGGUGAAGGAUAUGAAGCUGAAGCUCGGCUGGCAACAUCCGGAGAACAAGGAGUACCUGAAGGAGCGUGCAGCUCACCCGGAGGCGAUUAAGGUGCUGCUCAAGGGAGUGCCGGCUGUUAUCUCACCAGAGAUGAUCAAGAAGAACCUGGUUUCGGCGCUGCUGCUGAAGCGCGGUCGCACGGCGUUCCGCGACGGCUUGGCUUUUCACCGGUGCUGGAUCCUGUGGCUGCAGCUGUGA